AUGUCGUCCUCAGACAACACUCUACUGCAAUCUCAGGCCCCGACCAGGCCAGGGGCCUCCGGGUCUAUCGAUGAUCGAGAGCGAGAAGCCUCACUGAAAAUGUCCAACCCAUCCGAUUCUGACCUUGCUGAAGACGACGAUGCGCAUUUUGCUCCCUUGAAGACGGGCACGGACUCUCGACCCAAUUUGCUACAGAGGAGGAGCAAUGUUCAGACUGAAGAAGACCUAUUCCGUGCGCUAUCGCGGCGUCGCACAGGUACCUCAGCUGCUGAGACGGAGGAUGAGGACCAUGAAAUCGAACGGCUGAUGUCACGAAUGUUCGGCAAGGCCCGGCAGGAGCAGAGUGAGGAGGAAAAGACACGACACUCGGGUGUCAUUUUCCGGAAUCUUACGGUCAAGGGUGCAGGUCUGGGUGCAAGCCUGCAGCCCACCGUUGGCGACAUCUUCAUGGGCCUACCGAGGUUCCUGAAGAAUUUGGUCACGAAAGGGCCCAAGGCUGCCACGGGGAAGCCACCUGUGCGGGAAAUUCUCAGCAAUUUCGACGGUUGUGUGCGGCCAGGCGAGAUGCUGCUCGUGCUCGGCCGCCCUGGCUCAGGCUGCUCGACUUUUCUCAAAACCUUUUGCAACCAGCGGGCUGGAUACGUUGAUGUACUCGGCGAUGUUACUUAUGGCGGGACAGAUGCGAAGACAAUGGCCAAGGACUUUCGAGGCGAAAUCAUCUACAACCCCGAAGACGAUCUCCACUAUGCGACACUAUCGGUCCGACGCACACUGACCUUUGCCUUGCGGACACGAACACCCGGCAAGGAGUCUCGACUGGAGGGUGAGAGCAGAAAAGACUAUGUCAACGAAUUCCUUCGAGUGGCCACCAAGCUUCUCUGGAUCGAACACACAUUGGACACGAAAGUUGGUAACGAGCACGUUCGUGGAGUCUCUGGCGGCGAGCGUAAGCGUGUCAGUAUUGCCGAGGCGCUCAUCACUCGCGCCAGUGUUCAAGGAUGGGACAACUCGUCAAAGGGACUCGACGCAGCAACAGCUGUAGAAUAUGUACAGGCUUUGCGAGCCUUGACCAACAUGGCUGAAGUAUCGACCGCGGUCUCGCUUUACCAGGCCGGUGAAAGCCUUUACAACCUCGUCGACAAAGUCCUGCUCAUCGACCAGGGCCAAUGCCUGUACUUUGGCCCUGCAGAUAACGCAAAGAAGUACUUCCAGGACUUGGGCUUCGACUGCCCGGCCCGCUGGACAACGGCGGACUUCCUGACCUCCGUUGUUGAUCCACACGAGCGUAGCGUCCGUCCAGGCUGGGAGGAUCGUAUCCCGCGCUCGGCUGUGGACUUUGCAGCCGUAUACAAGAAGAGCGAGGCGUACAGAAAGAAUCUCGCGGAUAUGGACGAUUUCGAGUCGAAGACUGCAGAAAAGCAGAGACAAAUCAGCCAAAACUCGUCCAAGGCGACUAAGAAGAAGAACUAUACCAUCUCGUUCUACCAGCAGGUCAUCGCGCUCACCAAGCGACAAUUCCUCGUCUUGCUUGGAGACAAGGCCUCGCUGUUUGGGAAAUGGGGUGGUAUCGUCUUCCAAGGUCUCAUUGUGGGCUCGCUCUUCUUCCAGCAGCCAAGCAACACCGCGGGAGCCUUCACAAGAGGCGGUGUUCUCUUCUUCAUCCUUCUAUUCAACGCCCUACUUGCUCUGGCGGAGCAGACUGCUGCGUUUGAGUCCAAACCCAUCCUACUCAAGCACAAGAACUUUUCUUUCUACCGCCCUUCCGCUUAUGCUCUUGCCCAGACAGUGGUGGACAUUCCAUUGGUUCUGACACAGGUUUUGAUCUUCGAUGUCAUCAUCUACUGGAUGUCUGGCCUCGCCGCUACAGCAUCCCAGUUCUUCAUCUCUCUGCUCAUCCUCUUCACGGUCACCAUGGCUACCUACGCCUUCUUCCGCGCGAUAUCGGCAAUCUUCAAGACACUCGACGACGCUACAAAGGUCACUGGAGUCUUCAUCCAGAUCCUGAUCGUGUACACGGGCUACUUGAUCCCACCCUCAUCCAUGCGUGUCUGGUUCGGCUGGCUGCGCUGGCUUGACUGGAUUCAAUAUGGCUUCGAGGCUCUGAUGUCGAACGAGUUCUACAGGCUGGAAAUGGAAUGCGUUGCGCCUUAUCUAGUGCCACAGGGCCCUGGUGUGCAGUCGCAGUACCAGUCUUGCACGCUUCAAGGAUCAACGCCGGGCUCUGACGUCGUAUCUGGUGCGGAUUAUAUCCAAGAAAGCUUCCAAUACUCCCGUAGUCACCUGUGGCGCAACUUCGGCAUCAUUUGGGCUUUCUUUGCCCUCUUCUUGGCGGUCACGAUGUUCGGCAUGGAGAUCAUGAAGCCGAAUGCCGGCGGAGCUGCUGUCACUGUCUUCAAGCGUGGCCAAGUCCCUAAUUCUGUCAAGGAGUCCAUCGAGACUGGGGGUCGGAAAGGCGGUGCCUUAGAUGAAGAGUCAGGUGCUGCCACAGGGAGUCCGAGCUCUGGUUCCGAGAUCGAUGUGGUCAAGGAGCGGGAAGAGAAGGACAAGAAGGCCAUGCAAAAUGUUGCCAAAAACGAGACAAUUUUCACGUUCCAGGAUGUUAACUACACGAUUCCAUUCCAAGGUGGUGAGAGAAAACUGCUUAAUGGAGUCUCUGGUGUUGUUCGGCCUAGGCGCCUCACGGCUUUGAUGGGUGCUUCGGGUGCGGGCAAGACUACAUUGCUAAACACUUUGGCUCAAAGAAUUGCUUUUGGUGUUGUGACUGGAGACUUCCUCGUCGAUGGCAGAAAGCUGCCCAAGUCAUUCCAGCGCGCUACAGGUUUUGCUGAACAGAUGGACAUCCACGAACCAACUGCAACAGUCCGAGAGGCGCUUCAAUUCUCAGCUUUGCUUCGCCAGCCCCGAGAGGUUUCAAAGGAGGAGAAGUAUGCUUACUGCGAGACGAUUAUCGAUCUCCUGGAAAUGCAAGAUAUUGCUGGCGCCACGAUUGGACAAGUCGGAGAAGGCCUCAACCCCGAACAAAGGAAACGGCUCACCAUAGGUGUUGAGCUUGCCUCCAAGCCAGAGCUGUUACUCUUCCUCGAUGAGCCUACGUCGGGCCUCGACUCCGGCGCUGCUUUCAACAUUGUCAGGUUUUUGCGCAAGCUAGCUGAUGCCGGCCAAGCUAUUCUCUGCACCAUUCAUCAGCCAUCCGCCGUUCUAUUUGAAAACUUUGACGAGCUCAUUCUGCUCAAGUCCGGCGGUCGCGUUGUGUACGCAGGCGAGCUGGGUAAGGACAGCCAAACGCUAAUCAAAUACUUCGAGUCAAACGGUGGACAACAUUGUCCGUCAGAUGCAAACCCAGCGGAAUGGAUGCUGGAUGUGAUCGGUGCAGGCAACCCCGAUUACAAGGGCCAAGAUUGGGGCGACACAUGGGCUUCAUCCAAGCAGCACGAAGCACAGACCCGCGAGAUAAACGAGAUUAACGAGAAGCGCCGUAACGUCGAGCACUCGAAGAACAUCCAGGAUGACCGCGAGUACGCCAUGCCUCUGACGACGCAAAUCAUUGCUGUUGUGAAGCGGGCCUUUGUGAGCUACUGGAGGAAACCGAACUACAUCAUGGGCAAGCUCAUUCUCCACAUCUUCACUGGCCUCUUCAACUGCUUCACCUUCUACAAGCUAGGCUACAGUACUAUCGACCUGCAGAGCAGGCUGUUCUCCAUCUUCAUGACCCUGACCAUCUCCCCUCCUCUGAUCCAACAACUCCAGCCUGUUUUCCUCUCGUCCAGGAACAUCUUCCAAUCGCGCGAGAACAACGCAAAGAUCUACUCGUGGUUCGCAUGGACCACCGGCGCCGUCAUCGUCGAGAUCCCCUGGUCGCUGUUCGCGGGCGCUGUGUACUUCAACUGCUGGUGGUGGGGCAUCAUGGGUUGGCGGCCUUCCUACCAGGGCUUCCCGUCCGGCUUCACGCUGCUGUGCGUGCUGCUGUUCGAGCUGUACUACGUCGGCUUCGGCCAGGCCAUCGCCUCCUUCAGUCCCAACGAGCUACUCGCCAGUUUGCUGGUGCCCGUCUUCUUCCUCUUCGUCGUCAGCUUCUGCGGUGUCGUCGUCCCCGCUGCCCAGCUGCCCUACUUCUGGCGCAGCUGGAUGUACUGGCUCACACCCUUCCACUACCUGCUUGAGGCGUUCCUGGCCGUUGCGUUGCACGACCAGCCUGUCCAGUGCAGCGAUAACGAGUUCGCAAGGUUCUCUGCACCCCCUGGUCAGACGUGCCAGGACUAUGCGGCCGGGUACAUCAGCCAGGCUGGUGGGUACAUCCAGGAUGCGAUGGAUGGCAGUGGCCUAUUACCCAUCAAUGCUAAGCUUUAUGGCAUCAAGGAUGCUGAUACAAAGCUCCCUGACAAGUCUUCUGGCUUCCUGAGCUCCGGAGCGGCUCCGGGCUUCGGGCGUCGGGCCCACAACCUUGACGUGACUUGGGAAACAAAUUUCCAAGAUUCUACCAUUUGGCACCCGUCAACGAUGGCAGACAUUAAUGACGGCCAGCCAAGCUCCACCACGGAGAACACCAUCGCUGGACCUACAGCACCUCGGGCGAACAUUGACACAAUGGACCGCAAGGCUCAUAGCCUCAAGGACAAGAAGCAGGAUGCGCCGAAGCCAGCCUUCAAAUCUCGCGAAGCUACCCAGCAGUGUCUCCUCCUGGCGAUACCCCCUGAGAUUCGCAAUAUGAUCUACAAGCUCUGUCUGUGCCACCCAGAAGACAUUGGAGACAAGAUGUCCGUCGGCAAGAAAGUUGUCCAGAGAGUUGGAGAGAAGGUCGACGGUUUCACUAUGGACCACCAUCACCCUGAUAAAAACCCUCUUCCGAAGCUUCAUGAGGCAUAUCAGUUCAGUGUCGCACCUACGACCGUGCGACGUAUCAAACAAUACAGUCUCCGAAACCCGGCUCUCAUGCGAACCUGUCAAGCCAUAUACAACGAGGCCGCCCCUGUCAUUUGGGGCCAGAGGUUCACCUUCGAUACGACCCGGGAGCUGCAAACUUUUCUUUUCUCCAAUGGCAGACUCGAUUUGGUCAGAGACAUCCGAAUAUGGCGUCUGACGCCCCUAUUGGGCAUCCACUACAUGCCUUCGGUCUGUGCCCUUCUUGUCGACAAGGUCAAGGGAUUGGAGCGCUUGGAGGUUGACAUGAGCGCUAUGCGCAGCGGCGUACAGCCUCAAUACGAAGCCUUUCGAGAUGAUGAGCAGGUCAUGGUGGCAGGUGUGAACCUCGGUUUCGACGUCUUUGCCUGCAUGUAUCCUUGGGUGACCCAGGUGGUACGCGACCACGGCAUUGAGAGACUGAUGAGCAUUCUCCAGGUGGUCAGAGAAAUUGGCUUGGGAGCUAAAGAGGCAAGCCGCAGGGUCCACGUUGCCUUUGUGGGCCGCGGGCUGUUGACUCCCGCACAAGUGGCAGUAGCAGAUGGUGCUAUGGCCAAGGAGAUUACCAGACUUGUGGAGGCUCGCGAGUAUGACAUGGAGUUGAGGAUGAGCAGGAAGGCGUGGACAGUGAAAUUUUGCCCGGGCUCUCACAUAGACAUCAAUUGUGCCUCUGGCUAG